AUGAUCGUCAAAGAGAGCGCGCCAUACGCCUUCGCGCAGCGCAUGCUGCAGACGCUGAACGAGGCCCGCAAAAUCGAGCUCGACGGCGCCGAAUUCUCCUCCCCAGACCGCUUCCACGACACGUUCAGCGGCGCCGCCCAGCUCCUCUCCAGCAUCUGCGCCGCACUGGGGCGCCAGGGCAAAGCGGCGGACGAGCGGGUCAUGCGCCACAUCCUCGACCUCUCGACCAGCGACACCGAACUGGGCGGACUGGGUCUCUCCGGCAAGACGUGGGAAGGGACGGACGAGGCCACGCUGCAGGAGAUCGGGUUCUUGACGGAUGCGUGGCUGGCCGCGGCCGACGCGCAAGCAGCCGCAAGACGCCUGCCAGAGCCGGUGCGGCAGCCCCGCCCUGCGAGCAGGAGACGCAUGAAUCUCGCCGAGAAGAUCCUGGCGCACCAUGCGUUCGCGGUUCCGCGCGCCGAGGGUGUCGAGGCUGGUGAUCUGCUGCGCGUGUCUGUGGACUGGGUCAUUGCGAGCGAGCUGUCCUGGGUGGGCAUGCGGCACAGCAUGACCAGUCUGGGCAUGAAGCCGACGGCGUGGAGGAACGAUCGCUUCUGGCUGGCUGGAGACCACGCCGUCGAUCCGCGGACGUACAAGGAGGAGCGCGUGCAGGAGCUGAUCAGGCUGUUGCAAAGCGCGAAGCAGGACUUGAAAAUGACGGAGAAUCAGGGCUCCAACUAUACCAUCCUGCACACCGAGUUUGUCCGCGAGAGAGCCGAGCCCGGAAUGCUGGUGCUGGGCUCUGACUCCCACACAUGCUCCGCUGGUGCUGUCAGCUCGUUGGCUGUUGGCCUUGGCGCAGGCGACGUAAUGGCGGGCCUUGCUACAGGCGAGACGUGGUUCAAGGUGCCAGAGUCCAUCAGGAUCAACUUUACUGGUGAGCCGGCGUGGUACAUCCGGGGAAAGGACGUCAUUCUGUCCAUCCUGAAGCAACUCAAAAGAAACACAUAUGCCGCCGAGCGCAUAGUCGAGUUUGGAGGUCCUGGUGCCAAGUUUGUUUCCUGUGAUGCGCGAUUUGCCAUCUCGAACAUGUGCACGGAGCUCGGUGCUAUCUCAGGGAUAUUCGAACCCGAUGAAAUCACACAAGAAUUUGUCAAUGGGCGGAAACGGAAGAUGUACAAGUCCGAAUCACUCUACUUCCGGCCCGACCAAGGCGCAUCUUACGCGGCUACUUUCGAAAUCAACCUCAGCGAGGUGGAAUCAUACAUUGCCAUUUAUCCUUCGCCUGACCAGGUCUGCCCGGUCACAGAGCGCCUUGGGAUGAGGUUCGAUGGAUGUUUCAUUGGAGCCUGCACGACCACCGAGGAGGAUCUUGUUCUGGCUGCUUUGGUCCUCGAAGCGGGCCUGCACCGAGGAUUCACCCCAGUGAAACACGGCAAACGUGUCGUUGUCCCAGGCAGCCUCCCAAUUGUCAGGAACUUGAGGAAGCUCGGUCUUUUGGACAUUUACUCCAAAUGUGGCUACGAGCAGCCUGCGCCUGGAUGCAGUCUUUGUCUCGGAAUAGGUGCAGAUGUUGCAGAAGCCGGCUCACACUGGCUGUCAUCCCAGAACAGGAACUUCAAAAACCGCAUGGGAAGAGGUGCUGUCGGAAACAUCUGCUCGGCUGCCACGGUUGCCGCUUCGUCGUUCAGCAUGACCUUGACAGAUCCACGCGAUCUGCUCAUGGACGUGUCGGAGACCAAAUACAACGACUACCUAGACCAAUGCAAGUCGUGGAGAAACGGCUCCGCUAGUAGGACCGAGGUGGAGGUGGAGGAGGUUCACUACGUGGAACCCUGUCUCCUCACCGGACCUACGCCGGUAAAUGAUGACAAUGCAGCUUUCUCAGAUGGCAUCGAAAGGGACGGGCCGGACCAAUCCCUGCCGAACAUCCAGGGCAACGUUUACAAGCUCGGUGAUUACGUUGACACGGACGCCAUCAUUCCAGCCCCUGCCUGCGUUGGCAAUCCCACGGACGACAUGCUGGGCUCACAUUGCUUCGAAGUCACCAACUCCGACUUCCGUGAUCAUGUGAAGGCUGGCUACACGGUCGUUGUUGGUGGAAAGGCCUUUGGCUGCGGGUCAUCCCGUGAAGAAGCUCCCAGAGCGCUCAAAGGCGUCGGAGUUCAGUGCGUCAUUGCGCGAUCAUUCGCCUUCAUCUUUGCCCGUAACAUGCCAAACAUCGGCAUGCUGGCCAUCACAAUCGCAGAUGAAGCCUUCUACGAAGCCGCAAAACAUGGGGAAGCGGUCAAUGUUGAUGUCCAGAGCCGUUUGGUUCGGGUAGGGGACAAGGAGUUCGCGUUCUGUUUGGAUGACAUGGAGUUGAAGCUCAUCCGGAACCGAGGGCUUGCGUCUUCGUACCAGAAAUUUGGAAACGAGGUGUUUGAAGCACUGUGUCGGAAGGAUUCCUCCACGCCGGUCUCAGUCCUGGCCGAAGUCACUCUGCAGGAUGGGAAUGAGACGAGAGACGGGAUGGAUUGGUGA